GAGCAUAAUAAUAUAUGUGCGUUUCAUAACUGGUCCUUGUCUGUAGUCCAAGUGUACGAAGCGGAAGCGUGAGAGAGAGAAUAUGGAAACCCUAAACCUCACCUGCUAUUCUUCUCCAACCUGUUUCUCUCUCCUAAAAAACCAGGCUAGACGCCAUUCCCUAGCCCCUGUUUUUUCUUCUUCUCUCUAUCCGUCUCUGGUUCUCUCGUGUUCUCUCUCUAGAAAGGGGAAUUUUUUGGAACCGGCGAGGAAGCAUGCGAGCAGGAGCGGCAGCAGGGGCCGCAGCGCCAAUGUCUUUCUCCCCCACCUUGUUGCUUCUAUGGAAAGAGUGGAACAGACAUACAUUAUGGUGAAACCCGAUGGUGUUCAACGAGGUUUGGUUGGGGAGAUAAUCUCUCGUUUUGAGAAGAAGGGAUUUUUGUUGAAAGGAUUGAAGCUCUUCCAAUGCCCUGAAGAACUGGCAAAGGAACACUAUAGGGAUCUUCAGUCCAAGUCUUUCUUUCCAAAAUUGAUCCAGUAUGUAACAUCCGGUCCUGUAGUGUGCAUGGCUUGGGAAGGUGUAGGGGUUGUUGCAUCUGCCCGUAAGCUCAUCGGGGCAACAAAUCCUUUGGAAGCCCAACCUGGUACCAUCAGAGGAGACCUUGCUAUCCAAACUGGAAGGAAUGUUAUCCAUGGAAGUGACAGUCCUGAGAACGGUCAGCGUGAAAUAGCGUUGUGGUUUAAAGAAGAUGAAAUUUAUCAAUGGACACAAGCAGAUGCCCCUUGGCUGAUGGAGUAAUUUUGCCCUCUCUUGAACCAUAAGGUGGUGCAAUUGAUGAGUUUUCAUGCAGUCAACGAGGUUAGGCAAUGCCCUUCGCCGUUGUGUGCAUGGCUUUGAUUAAGUUAUGGUAUAAAAUCCUUGAGCAUGCCUAGAGCAAUUUUAAGAUUAAUAAUAACAAAAUGGCUAGUUUAUCAAAGUUUGAAGUUAGAAGAAUUGCCCAUUUUGGUACACACUCUCUUGUGUCUUUUUCCAUACCUAUUUGCUCUCUCUAGUUCUUGACCUAUCGACUCCUUGGACAAAUUGAUCGUGUUGUUGUUUAUUGGUUUUGAACCAAUUUAUAUAGCUCCCUGGAAAAAUUUGAUGCCACAAGUAAUUUCUCGUGCAAAUAUAGGGGGUGUGGUUUUCAUAAGGUAACCUUACUUCUGGAACCUUGUAGGAGUGAGGUCACGAUGUUCUACACCAUGUAAUUGGAUGGUGUAGAUUUGAGACUUCUUUUAAGACAAUGUCAUAAAGUGACAAGUUUUUUAAGAUAGUAUAAGAUCUACACCGUCCAAAGAACCUAUAUGAACUUUUUCCAAAAAUAGAUCAGUAAUAGAGUUCAAUACUUCAGUCAAUGUCAUCUCCAGUAAAUUUCGCCCCUUAAUCACCAAUUGAAAGAACUGUGAUUAUUUACAAAGCUUGAUACGUUGAAAAAUAUGACCAUUAUUGUUGCUUAAUUAGCGCUUUCCUUAUGUCACUAGUCGGCUCAGUUCCCUUUUGCACAGCUUCUUAUAGCACUAGUCGGCUUAGUUCCCUUUUGCAUAGCCAUAAUUGCAACAUUUAUUUGGCCUUUUUCAUUUCAGUUACAUUUUUUUUUGGGAUUGUUUACAAAGAAACCAUUUAUCUUUAUUACAAGGAGGUCACAAUUAUUCUUACUCAUUAGGUAACAAAUUGGUUUGGAUUGAGAUGAGUCACGAAAGUCUUAAAAAAUUUUUUUUGGAACUUUGUGUCUAUUCAUUGACACUUUUACAAUCACGAAAUUUGAAAUUUAAGGGACGAGUGGUUGUGACCUUUUAUAAAAGGUCAAUGGUUUCUUACAUUUCCUUUUUCUUCUGUUAGUAUGGGUUUUACUUUGGAACUCCUUGUUAUUCCCACUGAUGGCUCAGUACUUUCUACCUUGGACAAAGAAACGAUGAGGACCAAAAUGCGCUGGAAGCCUCGGCAUAUAAUUAUGAAUCGAGAAAGAAAGGUGAGAUUAAUGUUUGUUUCAUGGAAAUGCAUGGAUCAAAAGGCUUAUUGGGAUGCUUGUAAUUUUUUGUAUGUCUAGAUUUUGUCAUCAGGAUUUGGUGGCCCAUUGAAACCUGUACUUUUCCAUUUCCUCAAUUUUGAUGUUCUAAAUUUUAAGAAAUCUUCAAUACAAUCCAACUAUUCGGUAUCAGCAUAAGUGAACAGUCCCAAAUA